UAACGGAGCUUGUUGAUGCCAGGUUGUGUGGAGUAUCAUCACAGCGAAGCAGACAGUCUCAGAAACUAAACCUUUUCUUUUUUUUUCUCUCUCUCUCUCUGAGUUGGAGUUGGAGUUGGAGGAGGGUCGGAGAAGGAGGACUGGGAAUAGAGUUUGAAAAUGUGGGGUUCAGAUGACGAGGGGGGAGAAGAGUACCUCUUCAAGAUCGUCAUAAUCGGAGACUCAGCGGUCGGAAAAUCCAACCUCCUUUCCCGCUAUGCUCGCAACGAGUUCAAUAUGCACUCCAAGGCCACCAUAGGCGUCGAGUUCCAGACUCAGUGCUUGGAGAUCGACUCCAAGGAAGUCAAGGCUCAGAUUUGGGACACCGCCGGCCAAGAGCGAUUCCGCGCCGUUACCUCCGCCUACUACCGCGGCGCUGUCGGCGCUCUCAUUGUCUACGACAUCUCCCGCCGAACCACCUUCGACAGCGUGGGGCGCUGGCUCGACGAGCUUAAAACUCAUUGCGAUACGACGGUGGCCAUGAUGCUGGUGGGAAACAAAUGUGAUUUGGAGAAUAUAAGGGCGGUGAGCGUUGAGGAAGGGAAAAGCCUUGCGGAAGCGGAAGGAUUGUUUUUCAUGGAAACGUCUGCGUUGGACUCUACCAACGUGAAGACGGCAUUCGAGAUGGUUAUUCGAGAGAUAUACAACAACGUCAGCAGGAAGGUCCUCAACUCCGAUACAUACAAGGCAGAGUUGUCGGUGAACAGGGUCAGCCUCGUCAACAAUGGCCCUGCUGCAUCAAAGCAAAAUCAGACCUAUUUUUCUUGCUGUUCCAGAUGAUCUGCAAUGCACCACAUACAACUCAGCUUUGUCACUUCACCUCAAUUUCUUUUAGUUGCUUUAUUAAUUAAAUGGGUUGGUUGGAUUGGGUUGCAUUUUUCCUUGGUCGCUAGCUAUGAUUUCAAAGCUUGUUCAUCUGUUACAACUAUAAGACAGUCAGACAGACAGAAAUAUAGUAGCCAAAAUGUUGUCUUCAAUUUUAAGAAAACCAAAACGGGUAUAAUUGUAUAAUCGGGGGUAAAAGUAAAAGAGCUUGUAAUUUGAUUUGCAGCAAAUGAAAGCGGACAUCCAUUUAUUUGU